UAUUUUUAGGCUCCCUAUAAAUUAAAACUCUUCUCGGAAGACAAAAAUAUUCAACACCUAUUUCCAUUCUCGAAUCCAAAGUUGGGAGGCAGAGAGAGUGUGUGAGAGAGACAAUGGACGCCAUUGAUUCUGUCUUCGAUCCACUCAGAGAAUUCGCAAAGGACAGCGUGAGGCUGGUCAAGCGGUGCCACAAACCCGAUCGAAAAGAAUUCUCCAAGGUUGCCGUGCGUACCGCAAUUGGUUUCGUGGUGAUGGGGUUCGUGGGGUUUUUCGUUAAGCUCAUUUUCAUUCCAAUUAACAACAUUAUCGUCGGAUCUGGUUAGGUUGAGGGGAACUGCAAUUGCCUCAGGACUUCAAGUUAUCAAGAAAAUGGAGGCUGAAAGAAUUCCCCAAGAAUAGAUAAUUAAUCUUGUUAUAUUUCAGUUUUGGUUUUUCCUUAUGACUGGGAGGAAGCUAUGAAAGUUUGUGCUUAUCUUUUGUUAUAUACCUUGACACUUUGUUUUUGAUUUAGGAUAAGGAGGAAAAGGGAAUGGUGAAACUGUAGUUUUGUUUUUAGACGAUGAUAACUGUUUUCUUUCUUAUGAGGUUGACCAAUAUGAGUAUCUUUUCAUAAUAGCAUUUUGUAAUUUUUUCUUC